AUGGUCAGCUGUUCUUUCUUUCCCGGCACGGACGUCGGUAAUUCAGCACUUCAGCAAGAAUGCGGGUUGCGUAUAGCGUCGCGGGGAGGGUUCGGCUCGUCCUGGUCCAUGCAGCACGAGCGCCAAAGCACUGCGAGCCUCACAAGUAGCACGUCAAGCCUCGCUGCCACGGCAGCAUGGCAAGCUAGUGUGGCCAACGCAGAAUCUUCUCAGGUGGAAGACUGGCUAGCGGCACUUCAUCAGGUUGAUGCUGAAGCUCGUGGACUUUGCUCGGGUCUACUGGCGCGGCACCCGACUCUGCUGUGGAAGGAUGCGCAGCGGACGACCGGCGUGGUACAGGCUUUGCUUGAUGCUAAUCGGCAGAGGCAGUUGAUGCGCCCGUACUUUAUGCAGGACGCGCAUGUGCUGGCCCUUGUUGACAGAUAUACGCCCGAGAGCCUUCGCGCGCGUCUGUCGGAGCUACACCGGCUCGUCUGGCAGAAGCUUGAUGACUCCAACGUGGCUGCUCUCUUCGUCUCACGCACCUCUUUGGACAUGUUGGAUCUGGAUGCCAAGGCCCUCGCGCUGAAGGCACAGGCGCUGCGCGCCCUCAUCCCCGAGUUCCUGCCCUCCACCAUUCUCCGCGGCUGCCCUGAGCUGCUAGACGUCCAAGUAGACGACCUCCCCACCUACGUGCACCGCGCUGGCGACGUCGUGGUCAUCGGAGCCCAAGUCGGAGUGGAGCUGGUCGGGACUAACAACGUGGUGGUUCAGCUCCUGCACGAACACGCGUGUGCGGCACGGGGCGACAGCAUGGAAGCGAGGGAGGUGGUUCAGGUCUUCUGCAACUCGAGGCAGCUGGUGUUUGCAAAGGGAGAGCAGGUGGAGGUUCGUGUGGAGGAUCCCAAUAAGGCGCAGGAGGACCUCAGCGCCGCUUGCAGGAUGGCGGUGCUGCAGGGGCUGGCUAUUGCCAGUCAGGCGAGCGCAGGUGUACGGUGUGCGUGA